UGUCUGGGUGGCGAGUUGUGGACAAUAUUGCGUGAUCGUUGUAAAUUCGAUGAUGCCACCACACGCUUCUACACCGCCUGCGUGGUGGAGGCUUUCCAAUACCUGCACUCACGCAACAUUAUCUAUCGUGAUUUGAAACCGGAAAAUCUGUUGCUCGACGAGAAGGGCUAUGUUAAGUUGGUGGAUUUUGGUUUUGCUAAGAAAUUACAGUCGGGCCGCAAGACGUGGACCUUCUGCGGUACACCAGAGUAUGUAGCGCCUGAGGUGAUAUUGAAUCGGGGACAUGAUAUUAGCGCUGACUAUUGGUCACUGGGUGUGCUGAUGUUUGAGCUGCUGACCGGCACGCCACCAUUCACCGGUUCGGAUCCAAUGCGUACCUACAAUAUUAUCUUGAAGGGUAUUGAUGCCAUCGAAUUUCCGCGCGAUAUUACACGCAACGCCAGCAACCUAAUUAAGAAACUGUGUCGCGAUAAUCCAGCUGAGCGUUUGGGCUAUCAGCGUGGUGGCAUCAGUGAAAUACAGAAGCAUCGAUGGUUCGACGGCUUCUACUGGUUGGGUUUGCAGAAUCGUACACUCGAACCGCCAAUUAAGCCAACAGUGAAGAGCGUCGUAGACACUACCAAUUUCGAUGCAUAUCCACCAGAUCCAGAGAGGCCACCGCCAGAUGACUUAACCGGCUGGGAUAAGGAUUUUUAAGCGAAAUUAUGGCAGCUUAGAAAGGGGCCAUAUAAGUGGGUUUCAAAUGAAAUGCAGAAAAAAUCUAUAAGAAC